UUUUUUUUUCUCAUCCCAGGCGCACCUGAAUCAUGAUCGCAUGACCGUGAAGACCACCCUGCACGGCCCGGGCGCUCAUCGUCCGGCCCUUCCACCGCCUGUUGCGUUGCGCGCUUGCACGUCCUUCUCUUGCCUCGUGACCUUGCGGGCGGCCAUAUAUCAUCCUCUCAGCAUGCACCAGCUUUCCGUCUCGACGCGAGGGCCGUACGAAGUCUUACCCACGCGCGCGAAAUGGUGAAGUUCUCGCUUGUUUCUGCGUUCCUAGCAGCGACAUGUCCUCUCGCGUAUGGAACACCGCGCGGGUUUCUACCCGCCAGACAGCAAGGAGUAUCCUUCGUACUCGUGGGCGACAGCACUACGGCAAAUGGGACAACACCAAACAGCGGCGGCUGGGGAAACGGCUUCUGCGGAAGCACGAACGCGUCCGAGCCCACACCGUCUUCCCUCGAGCCGGACACGCCCUGCAUCAACGCGGCGCAUAACGGGGCUACCACCGGCAGCUUCGUCGCCGACGGGUACUGGGAUACCGCUCUCGACUAUGUCACUGGCGAGCUCGCGAAGGGUCAGCGCACCAUCGUCACAGUCCAGUUUGGGCAUAACGAUAUGAAGAUAGCUCCGCCCGAAUCCAUGGGCGCCAACCUCACCGCGAUGGUGCAAGAGUUGCGCGCGCUCGGCGCGGAACCCGUGCUCGUGACCAGCUUGACACGACGGUCAUUCAACGACGACGGCACGGUGGCGGAUACGUUGGGUCCUUGGGCGGAUGAAACCAUCGCAGUCGCCGAGGACCAAGAUGCGCCCUACAUCGACCUCCACCAGGCCUCGAUAGACUACGUCGAGGCUAUCGGCGAGGACGCCGCGCAUCGUCUGAAUCGUGAGCCAGACGACAAUACUCACCUGAACAUUAACGGGACCAUUGUCUUCGGCAGGAUGGUCGCCGACCUGCUCGCUGCACGCUUCCCAGACGAGCUCCCUAUCAUUGAGAACCCAGAGCUAACAUACAACAUCACGCACGGCAUCCCGUCCUAUUGACGAAGACGUAUACAGAUGCAGCUGGGGAUCUGAGCUGUUGAGCCUCGACGAUUACACAUUGAUAUAAUGGAGUACUAGCAUCCACUCUGUGUGUA